GCCCCCACGGGGGUUUAUUUGAUCUCACAUUAACCAAGGAGGAGAAUGUGAGAAAAGGGGGAAAAUGCCCAGGAGGAAGCAGGAGCAGCCCAAGCGCCUUCCCUCACAUGUUAGUAGGCAAGAAGAAGCGGAGGGCGAACUCAGUGAAGGAGAACACUGGUAUGGAAACUCUUCAGAGACUCCGUCAGAAGCAUCCUAUGGAGAAGUCCAGGAGAACUAUAAAUUGUCUCUGGAGGAUCGGAUCCAAGAGCAAUCCACCUCCCCUGAUACCUCCUUGGGAAGUGGGACUCCUAGCAGUCACACCUUGGAGCUGGUAGCACUGGACGGUGACGUCCUACGGGACUCACUGCAGUGUCAGGAUCACCUUUCCCCUGGUGUGUCUUCUUUGUGUGAGGAUGACUCCCCAGGUUCCAAUAAGCCCCUGAGCAGCAACCUGAGGCGGCUGCUGGAGGCUGGUUCUCUCAAACUCGAUGCCACAGCCACUGCCAAUGGCGGAGUGGAAUCCCCAGUAAAUACUGGCUCGAAUCUCUCCUUUUCGCCUCCAUCCCACCAUGCCCAGCAGCUCAGUGUUCUUGCCAGGAAGUUGGCUGAGAAGCAGGAACAGAAUGACCAAUACACUCCAAAUAAUCGUUUUAUAUGGAAUCAAGGUAAGUGGUUGCCAAACUCAACCACCACCUGUGGCUUGUCCCCGGAUUCAGCCAUCCUAAAACUGAAAGCUGCAGCCAAUGCUGUUCUUCAGGACAAAUCUCUCACCAGGACUGAGGAGACGAUGCGAUUUGAGUCCUUCUCCUCCCCUUUUAGUUCGCAGUCUGCCAGUUCCACCUUGGCAGCUUUAUCCAAGAAAGUCAGCGAGAGAAGUUUGACUCCUGGUCAGGAACACCCACCUCCAGCCAGCUCCUUUCUGUCCCUGGCUUCUAUGACCUCCUCAGCGGCUCUUCUGAAAGAGGUCGCAGCAAGGGCUGCUGGGAGUCUUCUGGCUGAGAAAUCAUCACUGGUGCCUGAGGAUCCUCUACCACUACCGCCUUCAGAGAAAAAGCAAGAAAAAGUCACCCCGCCACCUCCACCACCUCCACCUCCCCCUCCACCGCCGCCACAAUCCUUGGAAUUAUUGCUCCUCCCGGUUCCUAAAGGAAGAGUUUCUAAACCCUCCAAUUCAGCCUCAGAAGAAGAAAGUGGAAAGCCUUUCCAGUGUCCAAUAUGUGGUUUGGUUAUAAAAAGGAAGAGUUACUGGAAGCGGCACAUGGUGAUUCACACAGGCCUCAAAAGUCACCAGUGCCCACUCUGUCCAUUCCGAUGUGCUCGCAAGGACAAUCUCAAAUCCCACAUGAAGGUUCAUCAGCACCAGGACCGAGGAGAGACCUUUCAGUGCCAGCUUUGCCCUUUCACUUCCUCACGCCACUUCAGCCUGAAACUCCACAUGCGCUGCCACCAGCACUUCCUGAGGACAGAAGCCAAGGUGAAGGAGGAGAUCCCAGACACAGAUGUCAAGGGAUCGCCCCACCUCAGUGACAGUGCCUGCCUGGGGCAGCAAAGGGAAGGAGGAGGGACAGAGCUAGUGGGGACCAUGAUGACGUCUAACACUCCAGAGAGGACUAGCCAGGGUGGGGCUGGCAUCUCGCCUUUGCUGGUGAAGGAGGAACCCAAGGAAGAUAACGGCCUGCCCACCUCCUUUACCCUGAACACUGCCGACAGGCCCGCCAACCACACAAAGCUGAAAGACCCUUCCGAGUAUGUGGCCAACAGUGCGUCAGCAUUGUUCAGCCAGGACAUCUCUGUUAAGAUGGCGUCUGAUUUUCUCAUGAAGCUGUCAGCUGCAAAUCAGAAGGAGCCCAUGAAUCUUAAUUUUAAAGUGAAAGAAGAGCCUAAGGAAGAGGAAGCCGUAAGUGCAACCUUGCCUCGGUCCAGCUAUGUGUUCAGUCCAGACUCUGAAGCUUCAGUCCCAAGCAUCCCUGAGGAUACACUUCAGCCCCAGGAGGGGAAGGGCAAUGUGCUAAGGCGGGAUAUUUCAGUCAAAGCAGCAUCUGAACUUCUCAUGAAACUAUCAGCGGAAAGCUACAAGGAAACACAGAUGGUGAAGAUUAAGGAGGAACCCAUGGAGCUUGACAUCCAGGACACGCAUGUCUCGAUAUCAUCCAGCCGGAAUGUUGGCUAUAGCACUUUAAUCGGGCGGGAGAAGACCGAGCCCCUUCCGAAGAUGCCCGAGGGCCGAGUACCCCCAGAGAGAAACCUCUUCAGUCAGGAUAUAUCUGUGAAGAUGGCUUCUGAGCUUCUCUUUCAACUGUCAGAAAAAGUGAGCAAAGAGCACAAUCACACAAAAGAAAACACCAUCCAGACUACCACCAGCCCUUUCUUUUCAGAAGAUACAUUUAGACAAUCACCAUUCACCUCCAAUUCAAAAGAACUGCUGCCAGUCCGGUCUGUGCUUCACGGAAGAAUAUCAGCUCCAGACACAGAAAAAAUAGUACUAGAAGCAGGAAAUGGAUUGCCAUCCUGGAAAUUCAAUGACCAGCUUUUUCCCUGUGAUGUGUGUGGGAAAGUCUUUGGCCGACAGCAGACAUUGUCCCGACAUCUCUCACUGCACACAGAGGAAAGAAAAUACAAAUGCCAUUUGUGCCCCUAUGCUGCUAAGUGCCGUGCAAAUCUGAACCAGCACCUGACCGUCCAUUCCGUAAAGCUGGUGAGUACAGACACCGAGGACAUUGUCAGCGCCGUCACCUCUGAAGGCAGUGACGGAAAGAAGCACCCUUAUUAUUACAGUUGCCAUGUAUGUGGAUUUGAGACUGAACUCAAUGUCCAGUUUGUCAGCCACAUGUCGCUCCACGUGGACAAGGAGCAAUGGAUGUUUUCCAUCUGUUGCACUGCCUGCGACUUUGUCACCAUGGAGGAAGCAGAGAUAAAGGCUCACAUUGGCACCAAGCACUCAGGGGAAGACAGGAAGACCCCCAGUGAAUCAAAUAGCCCUUCUUCAUCCUCCCUCUCAGCUCUGAGCGAUUCAGCUAACAGCAAAGACGACUCAGAUGGCUCUCAGAAAAACAAGGACGGGAACAAUCUGCUGGUCAUCUCUGUUGUGCCUGGGAGCCAAGCCUCACUGAAUAGUGAGGAGAAGCCAGAAAAAGGGUUCGAAUGCGUUUUUUGCAACUUUGUCUGCAAGACGAAGAACAUGUUUGAGCGCCAUCUGCAGAUCCACCUCAUCACCCGGAUGUUUGAGUGUGACGUGUGCCACAAGUUUAUGAAGACCCCCGAACAGCUGUUGGAGCAUAAGAAAUGCCACACUGUCCCCACCGGUGGGCUCAACUCAGGACAGUGGUGAGUGUCAGACUCCUCUAGGUGUCCAUUCUGCAUUUAUUCCACCAACCGCCCCGCCGCCAUGGAGUGCCACCUCAAGACCCACUACAAGAUGGAGUACAAGUGCCGGAUCUGCCAGACGGUGAAGGCCAACCAGCUGGAGCUGGAGACGCACACCCGGGAGCAUCGCCUUGGCAACCACUACAAGUGUGACCAGUGCGGCUACCUGUCCAAGACGGCCAACAAGCUCAUCGAGCACGUGCGCGUCCACACCGGGGAGCGGCCCUUCCACUGUGACCAGUGCAGCUACAGCUGCAAGCGCAAGGACAAUCUCAACCUGCACAAGAAGCUGAAACACGCCCCACGCCAGACCUUCAGCUGCGAAGAGUGCCUGUUCAAGACCACACAUCCUUUCGUCUUCAGCCGCCACGUCAAGAAGCACCAGAGUGGACACUGCCCUGAGGAGGACAAGAAGGGCCUGUGUCCGACCCCCAAGGAGCCCGCUGGCCCUGGAACCCCGCUCCUCGUCGUCGGGAGCUCCCGGAAUCUCUUGUCUCCCCUGUCGGUCAUGUCCGCCUCCCAGGCUCUGCAGACGGUGGCCCUGUCGGCCGCCCAUAGCAGCAGCUCAGAGCCCAACCUGGCACUCAAGGCUCUGGCCCUCAACGGCUCCCCUUUGCGCUUUGACAAGUAUCGGAACUCAGAUUUUGCCCAUCUCAUUCCCUUGACAAUGUUAUACCCCAAGAACCACUUGGAUCUUACAUUCCACCCUCCCCGACCUCAGACUGCACCUCCUAGCAUCCCUUCACCCAAACACUCCUUCCUCGCCUAUCUCGGACUAAGAGAGAGAGCAGAGACUGUCUGAGGGCAGCCGUGCUCUGUACCAAAAACAGAGACAGAGACAAAAACAGAAAACUUAAAACACAACCCCAGCAGGUGUAUGUUGCUGCAAAACCCGCAGACCGCCCCCCCGGGUCUGAACCACGUGUACUGUAUAUCUUUAGUAAGGAAUAGAGAAUUGGCUCUUUGUGUAUACUAUUUGCAUUGACAUGAAAGCUGCUUUACUCAGUCUUCAGAGAGGUGACCUACUGCAUACUUCUACCUUCAGAAGCAUGCCUCCCAGGCACCCACCUCCCACUCUCACCCCUUCUCCGUAUUUUUCUCUUAAAAGGAAUUUUGUCUCGUUCAAGCCUCAAGAGAGUGUCCUUAAUAGCAAUCAGCACUUGUUAAGGUUAUCAAUCGGUGCAUUUUGUUUUCUGUUGGGUGAAUGGGGGUGCAUGGGCAUUUGUGGAUUCCGAGAGAGGAGGCCAUACGUUGUGUGCCGUGACAUCUCCACUGCACCUUCUUGGUACUGGCUCCUGUAGUAGCGAUGAACGGUCUUGGCCCUCCUGGGUUGUUCAUCCACUCUGGCCUUUUUCCCUGAAUUCCUUCAGCUCCUUUCCUUGUGGAUUGUACGGCUGCAGAGUGGUAAGGUCUGGGGUUUAGUUGGUGAAGGAAAUGGUAGGUGUCUAUAGUGCUGGUGGAGAUUUCUGACAGAGCGUCGGCCACCUUGGUCUCCUUUGGUUACGAAGAUGCCAAGGAUUCAAGCAACUGCUCUUGGAAGAAAUAUCUCGUAGCACUGCAGCUAACAUCACAAAACAUAAAGGUGUAUGUGUCCAUACAUAUACAAUGUGUAUGAUUACACACCAUUUUUUAAGGGCAGAUUUUAUAUAUAGAGAUGGUGUAAUUAAUUCAGUGGUUACCAUUUGUUUGCAGGAAGAAAAAAAAAAAAUUGUAUGAGUGAAAAUUUUUAUGGUUGAGAAAUCCAGCCAAGGAGAUUAAAAGGGGUUUGGAUAAAUUCUGGGUAUAAAUGCUCAGACUAAAAAAAGAAAAAAGAAAGAAACGGCAGUUUUGCACAGUGCUUAGGUCUUGCACUAAUUUUUGUUUCUCAUCU